CACUGUCUCAGCAGCUCUGGCGGACGUGAGCGAUGGUCAACUUUACCAUUCUGGCUGGAGGGUACACCUCCUUCGUCGUGUCUUACCUCUUCAAUUCGGACGCGUCGACCUUAACUGUCCUGAACCAGUCACCCACUGGUGCGAACCCUUCGUGGAUCUCGCUCCACCCUACCAACAAGAGCAUUCUCUACGCGACGAAUGAGGAUGAGCCAGGCGCACUCCAGUCAUUCACCAUUGGAUCGCAGGGUGUUCUGGACCUCAUUGACACUGUGCCCUCAGGCGGCGACGCUCCCGCGUUCACCACAGCACUGAACAACGGCCAAGUAGCCAUCAUGAAUUACAACACCGGCAAUGGCAAGAUCAUUCCUACGACGUCUGACCCCUUGCACUUUACGACGGACGCUCCGCUCAUCACCUUCCCGUCAGUGAACCAGUCGCACCCACACAUGGCGCUGCAGCACGACUCAGAGGUGUUCAUCCCGGACCUCGGCGCGGACAAGGUUUGGCGGCUCGUCGAGGACGGGGCGCCGGGCAACUGGAAGAUCCAGGGCUUCAUUCAGCAGCCCACCGGCAGUGGACCACGGCACAUUGCGACGCGCGGCGACACGCUCUACGUGCUGCACGAACUCUCGAGCACGCUCACGCAGCAGCUCAUCCCCGCGCCGCCGAACGGCACGACGCCGCUCAUCGCAAACGCGAGCAUCCUGCCGCCGACGUUCCCUGCGGGAAGCGAUUUCCACGCGGCCGAGCUGCUGCUCACGGAACCCACGGCCAGCUUCCCGCAGCCGCUCGCGUACGCGUCGAACCGCAACACGGGCAACGUCGACCCGCGCGGGGACACGAUCGCGAUCUUCGCGCUCGAACCGCAGCUCACGCUCCUCACCCAGGUCUACACUGGCCUCGACCAGGUCCGCGGCAUGCGGCUCUUCGGGCCCGAGAACGAGUUCCUCAUCGCCGCUGGCGUCGCCGGCAGCGCGGGCACCAAGGUCUUCAAGCGCGUCAACGGCGGGCAGGACCUCGAGCUUGUCGUGACGAACACAGACAUCACGCAGCGGAGCAGCUUCGUGUGGCUCGACUAAACAGCCCCUGCGUACUGCUGGAGCUUUGUAUGCACUUGAGGUGUUGAAAUCUAUCUAUUGACAGAUGCACAUCGCGCUUCUGACCAAAACUUAAGACGACGGUCGACCAGGUCUCGUGUAAGAAAGUGACAAUGUGCGCAAUAAGAUGCAAGCUUGGGGAUGAGAGGUGGUAGUACAAUCUGCUACGACGCGACGUCAUAUGGGGACAAAUAUACGGCCCAAAGAGAGUAGGACAAAAGGAAGGAUGAAGCCGUGGAGAUGCACGAGAUGCCAGGAGAUCGGAGAGGGACAAGUACAAUGCGCGAGAAAGAGGACGGAGAAGAAUGUACGAGAAGCAAGGGAAACAGUGCACGUGGUAACGAUGGGGCAAGCCGGUGCGUCGGCUUGGAGUUGGGCGCGAGCUGCUGACUCACUUCAAGCUAAGACGCGAUAGACGCUGUACAAGGUCAAGGUCUCAGUCCGCGUGAGAUCCGUAGGUGGGCGGCGCUGGCGACGCUAACGUCCGGGUGGACAGCCGUAGGCACGAGCAAGCGAUGUAUGACCGAUCUGCAGCGCAAUGGGUUGUGAGCGAGUACUAGGGCGGGUAUGCGGUAUCUGCGGGUAAUAGUACAUGGGGCCGGCGGUGGCUUGUAAGGCCUAUCGUGGUAUUAGAUGAUGUGUGCGAGUAUGCCGUGUUGCGAGGGAAUCCAAGAGAAGAAGACCAAGGGAAUCGUUCAUUGUAGCAUUUGGAUUUGCGCGAUAAGGAAUUGCUUCUCGUCCUGUGU